AUGAUGAUCGAUCAUGCAUAUCCAGAGAUUGAACGUGAUUUGAAGAAUGAUCUGUUAGUGCAAUCACACAUGAGCAACGAUUCUCUAAAGCAUCUUGCGAGAUAUCACCCAAACCAUCCAGAACCAAAGAUAGGUGCUGAAUUCUUCGGAUUUAUAAAGGAUGCAAACUACGUUGAUCCUGAUCCAGUUGAUAAUCAAAACUGGAGAAACGAAGAAGAAAUGAAGGAAGCAACCUAUACUGAAGAGCUAAAAACUCUUUUGGAGUUUAAAACCACCAGAAAUGACUGGUUUGUCAAAGAACCAAGGAGGAGAGGCAGAAAGGUUACCCAUAAAGUACAAGAGGGUGAGGGGUCAUCAUCACAGCCAAAGAAGAAACAAAAGAAAGUGGCAAAGACAUUGCUUGUUGAUGAGCCUGAGGAAGAUGAGCCAGUUGAAACUGCAGAAGAAGAUCUGUAUGCUGAUCAUUUGAUGUUUAACGUUGAUGUUUUAGAUACUGAGCAAGUAGUUAAUGUGGAAGCUGAGAAAGAGAAGGUUAUUGAUGACGUUGAAGGUGAUGAUGUUAAUAAGAGCACUACAAGCUCUUCGAGUUCUUCAUAUGAUGAAAUUGAUGAAACUGAAAGGUUGAAAAGAAUCCAAGCAGAGACAGAGAAAGAGAAGUUGUUGAGAAAGAGAAAGAUGCAAGAAAAGGAAGAUGCUCCAUAUGUGCCAUCUCCGCAACAUGUUUCUGAUUCGCAAUCACCUUCUAGUGGUAGAAAGAAAGCUGGGGCAAGAAAGAAAGUUGUGUCUCCAAAGAUAUGGAAAGUUACUCCAAAGAUUUCUAAGCCGAAGAUUGUCUUGAAGAAGAAACCUUCCAAAGAAUCUAGGAAACCACCAACACCACCACCUGAGUCAACACCACAAUCACCAAUUCAAACACCUCCACAACAAUCUUCACCACCAAAACAACCUUCACCACCAAAACAACCAACACCACCCAAACAACCAUCACCAAUACAUCUUUCACCACUACAUCUCUCACCACCACAACAACAACAAACCCUACUUACAUCGCAAGAUCUUUAA